CACUGCUUUGUUUCUCGUCCCCCCAGAAGUCGGCAGAUGGUUAAGCCUAGGUCGCCAACUUGUGUACUAGUCAGUGACGCGUUUAAAAAUCAGCUGAUUAGACUGGCUACGCUGGUCAGCGCUAGACCUGAUGGAAGGAGGGCAGGAGCAGAGCUCAAAGCGCGGUGCGCUCCGCUAAGUCUAUCGACCAACCAGUAGCGAGGAAAGGAUCGAGCUCUUCGGUCUGCCACAGGCGAAGCACCAAGGGCAGAGAACGGCUGCUCAACAGAUUCUAACUUGUUUUUUGUGAAUACAGAAAACGCUUUUAUGUUAAACAUCGUUUUUUCCUAUUCUUAAUCAUAUUGUAGCCUAUAUAUUUUAAGACAAAGACACAUUUUUGUGGCAUUGGAAUGUGUGUGUAGAGAAGAAAUUAUUGUGGAUGCUGACGCCGAGGUGGAUCACAGAGUUGCGGUACGGAGAAAGAUAAACAGCUGGGAAGUAAGAGGACAACCUUGACCAUUCCCGCCAGCCCUUCAGAAACACACUCGCGCUCUCACAUUAACCGUGGACUACAACUCCACCAUCUACUAACCCUGUAGAGGGAGGACACAGAGGCCCAUGACCACUUGCGAUUAAUGUCACACUCCUCACCAACCCUCCAGGACAUUCUCAGGAACCCUGUCUGUCCUCAAAGUGCAGUGUGACCUGACAGAUAUCAGACAGCAUGCCUCCAAGCCCCCUCCCCUGGCCACCACUGGCAUGGCUGUGGGCAGGGCUCCUUUUGCCCCUGCUACCCCUAGUUCGGAGCGGGGAGUGCCCGCGGCUGUGCGUGUGUGAGGUACGGCCCUGGUUCACCCCCCAGUCCACAUACAGGGAAGCGUCCACGGUGGACUGCAAUGACCUGCGGCUGACACGUAUCCCCUCCAACCUGUCCUCUGACACCCAAGUGCUGCUGCUCCAGAGCAACUCCAUCGCCCACACCAGUGGGGAGCUGGAGGCCCUGUUCAACCUCACAGAGCUGGACUUGUCCCAAAACAACUUCAGCAGUGUGGAAGCCGUGGGCCUGGCCAACAUGAAUCAACUCACCACUCUGCACCUGGAAGAGAAUCAGAUCAGCCAGUUGUCGGACCACUGUCUGCAGGAUCUCAGCAACCUACAGGAGCUCUACAUUAACCACAACCACAUCAGCACCAUCACUCCGGGGGCCUUCUCUGGCCUCCGAAGCCUCCUGCGUCUCCACCUCAACUCCAACAACCUCAAGGUCAUCAACAGCCGCUGGUUUGAGGCAACGCCCAACCUGGAGAUCCUGAUGAUCGGUGAGAACCCAGUGGUAGGCAUCCUGGACAUGAACUUCAAGCCCCUGGGGAGCCUGAGGAGCUUGGUGCUGGCUGGCAUGGACCUCACUGACAUUCCGGGGAAUGCCCUGGUAGGCCUGGAUAACCUGGAGAGCCUUUCUUUCUAUGACAACAGGUUGGUCCAAGUGCCCCAGGUGGCGUUGCAGAAAGUACCUAACCUCAAAUUCCUGGACCUGAACAAGAACCCGGUGCACAAGAUCCAGGAGGGAGACUUCAGGAACAUGCUGCGACUGAAGGAGCUUGGCAUUAACAACAUGGCAGAACUGGUGUCCAUUGACCGCUACGCCCUGGACAACCUACCUGAGCUGACCAAGCUGGAGGCCACCAACAACCCCAAACUGUCGUACAUUCACCGGAUGGCAUUCAGGGAUGUGUCUUCCCUGGAGAGCCUAAUGCUCAAUAACAACGCUCUCAAUGCCGUCUACCAGCGCACUGUGGAGGCGCUGCCCAACCUGCGUGAGAUCAGCCUUCACAGCAACCCGCUGCGCUGUGACUGCGUCAUCCAGUGGAUGAGUUCCAACAGGACCGGCGUGCGUUUCAUGGAGCCUCUGGCCAUGCUGUGUACCUCGCCGCUUGAACUGCAGGGCCAGCGGGUCAGAGAGGUGAGGUUGCAGGAUUCACCAGAGCAGUGCCUGCCACUUAUCUCCCACGAAACCUUCCCCAGUCAACUGAGCCUGGACCUGGGCAUGAGUGUCAGCCUGGACUGCCGAGCCAUGGCUGAGCCCGAGCCAGAAAUCUACUGGGUGUCUCCUAUGGGGAGCAAGAUCACAACGGAAACAGUGUCAGAGCGUUACCACCUGAGCAGUGAGGGCACAUUGCGGCUGUCCCACAUCCGGGUGGAGGACUCGGGCCGCUACACCUGUGUAGCCCAGAACCCAGAGGGAGCUGACACACGGGUCUGCACCAUCCGUGUCAACGGCACCCUGCUGGACAGCGCAGAAGUCAUGAAGAUUUAUGUCAAGCAGACCGAGUCCCACUCCAUCCUGGUCUCCUGGAGGAUCAACUCCAACACCAUGACUUCCAACCUCAAGUGGGCCUCUGCCACCAUGAAGAUUGACAAUCCCCAUAUUACCUAUACAGCACGCGUGCCCGUGGACGUCCAUGAGUACAACCUGACCCAUUUGCAACCAGCCACUGAGUAUGAGGUGUGCCUCACCGUCUCCAACAUCCACCUGCAGACCCACAAGUCGUGCGUCAAUGUGACUACGCGCGGCACCACGUUCGCCCUGGACGUGUCCGACCAGAGGCCCAGUGCCGCCCUGCUUGCCGUCAUGGCCACAAUGAUGGCCUUCCUCAGCCUGGCCACUGCCGUGGUGUAUGUGGCCCGACGCUGGAAGAGAAAGAACUACCACCACUCCUUGAAGAAGUACAUGCAGAAGACCUCCUCCAUCCCUCUCAAUGAGCUCUACCCGCCCCUCAUUAACCUGUGGGAGGCAGAUAGUGAGAAGGACAAGGAGGGAGGGGCGGAUAGCAAGCCCUCCCCAGUGGACACCACACGCAGCUACUACAUGUGGUGAGGGGGGCCCGGCCCAAGCUGCCCCGCCACCAGCACAGACACACAGACUUUUGUCAUUUUGAAGCAAAAGUUGCAAAUGUUAUUUUUUUUGGGGGGGUGUAUUUCAGCUUUGCUAAUAUGUAGCAGAGUGAUAAGGACGGGAUUUGUAUUAGUAUAGCGUAUCGCCAUUGUUUGACAUUCUUUCACUUUAAUUGUUUUGAAUAUUCCAAGAUGGCAGCUGUGUCUGGCUUCCAGGUUGUCUUAGUUGCUGUGCUUUAUAAUGUGUGAUGUGCUUUUGAUAGCACAGCUUUUUGGCUUGUUGCCAUGGACUCACUUUUUUAGGGUCAAUGAUAAGGCAGCAGGGACUACUAGCGUAGGUAAAGGUUUCUCUGGCGGCGCUGAUAGAGAUUGCAAUGUUUUUCUCUCUUUUUGUAAAACAGGUAAUCUGUCGUGCACCAAAAUGUUAUGGAGUUUGUAUGGACUUCAAUUAAAAGCUAAGGGGGUUAGACUUGUUAUACUGUCUACGGAAUAACGUUAGCAAUUGUACGGUAAUGUUGUAUCAACUAUUAUUUGAAACCUUUUGCAUUUUAAUUGGGAUACAAUUUGGGAUUAGCUAGUUUGCUGAUAGAUGUGCUGUAAAGCGCUAGAAAUGUUCAUGUUUGAUAACAUACAGUUACUAGGUAGGGUAGUAGCUUUUUAAAAUUCACUUCUUUCUAAUUUGCAAGAAUAUGUUGCUGACCACUUUUAUUACAUCAACACACAAAAUGUUGUAUAUUGAGGAAGUAGUUGAAAUAAAUUGCAUUUUUGUUC